CUCAUAUCCUCGCUGCUGACCUCUGACAGCCGCUGCCUCCCCCCCUCACAAACACGGAAGCAGCAUGGCGUCAAGUAGCAGCAGCGGCGGCAGCUCCGAGGUGCAACGAAUUGCACAGCAAAGAUUGAGAAUAAUCGCUGGACAUCUACAGAGACCUGCGUACGAUGAAUCGGGGAUCGUUGCUAUGGAGUGCAAAGCUGAAGAAAGCAGAUCAGAUGUUGCCAACACACAGAAGACGUUGCCGAGGAGGAGGCAGGAAGUGAUGAAAUGGAAUGGCUGGGGUUACAGUGACUCCAAAUUCAUCCUCAACAAGAAAGGCCAAGCGGAAUUCACCGGCAAGAGGUACAGGCUCAGUGGGAUGAUCCUGCCCAGUCUGAGGGAGUGGAUGGAGAAGACGUUUGCCACGAGCAUGCAGCAUAAAAACAUGGCGAUGCCGGUUCUGAAUGCCAGCUCUGUGCAGCCGCCCUCCCUGAACCAGCCAUUCGUGGAUGAGCUCAAGUCCUCGGGCGUCCCCUUCUCCCUGGACGCCGAGGACCGGGUGUUCCGGGCCCACGGGCACUGCCUGCACGAGAUCUUCGCUCUCCGGGAGGGUCGGGUGGGCAGGACCCCCGACAUGGUGGCGUGGCCAAGCUGCCAUGACGACGUGGUGAAGAUUGUGGAGCUGGCCUGCAAGCACAAUGUUUGUUUGAUACCAUUUGGUGGUGGGACCAGUGUCUCCAGCGCCCUGGAGUGCCCCCCUGAGGAGACUCGCUCCAUCGUCUCCCUGGACACCUCCCAGAUGAACCGAAUAUUGUGGAUCGACGAGAAGAAUUUAACUGCCCAUGUCGAAGCUGGCAUCAUCGGACAGGAUUUGGAGAGAUUACUCAACGAGAGUGGCUACUGUACGGGCCACGAGCCAGACUCCAUGGAGUUCAGCUCUCUGGGAGGCUGGGUGGCCACCAGGGCCUCGGGCAUGAAGAAGAACAUCUAUGGAAACAUUGAGGACCUGGUGGUCCACGUCAGGAUGGUGACCCCUAAAGGAGUGAUCGAGAAGAGCUGCCAGGGGCCUCGCAUGUCCACGGGGCCUGACAUCCACCACUUCAUCCUGGGCUCUGAGGGUAUGCUGGGCGUGGUGACGGAGGUGACCAUGAAGAUCCGCCCGGUACCGGAGUACCAGAAGUACGGCUCUGUGGUGUUCCCCUGCUUCGAGCAGGGCGUGGCCUGCCUCAGAGAAGUCGCCAAACAGAGAUGUGCUCCAGCAUCCAUCCGGCUCAUGGAUAACGAGCAGUUUCAGUUUGGCCACGCGUUGAAGCCUCAAGUGUCGUCAAUCUUCACAUCGUUUGUGGAUGGGCUGAAGACGUUCUACAUUACAAAGUUCAAAGGAUUCGACCCCCACCAAUUGUGCGUCGCCACCCUGCUGUUUGAGGGGGACCGCGAGAAGGUCCUGCAGCACGAAAAACAAGUUUACGACAUCGCUGCCAAGUUUGGGGGCUUGGCAGCCGGAGAGGACAAUGGGCAGAGGGGAUACAUGCUGACCUUCGUCAUCGCUUACCUCCGGGAUUUGGGGAUGGACUACUUUGUGAUCGGGGAGUCCUUUGAGACGUCCGUGCCGUGGGACAGGGUGUUGGACAUCUGCCGGAACGUGAAAGAGCGCAUCACCAGGGAGUGUAAAGACAGGGGCGUCCAGUACCCAGCCCUGUCCUCGUGCAGGGUGACCCAGACCUAUGACGCUGGAGCCUGUGUCUAUUUCUACUUUGCCUUCAACUACAGAGGACUGGCCGAACCAGUGCAUGUGUACGAACAAGUGGAGCGUGCUGCCAGAGAAGAGAUCCUAGCCAAUGGAGGAAGCCUGUCUCAUCACCACGGAGGUACCUAGCAACCACCACCCAAUCACAAACACACACCCUCUCUACGCGUGCUUGUGUACAUUGUGGGAUCAGAUUGAUCGCAAGGCUUACGUAGGCACGGGGGUGUACUGCCCUGCACAGUAGGUUUGCUGGUCCAAGUGAGAGAGCGGGCAGCGAGCCUUUCUGUAAACAUGUAUUUGGUCUAAGGAGAUCAUUCAUUGCUUCUUUCACAAAUCCAAACACGUUUCCCCCACCCGGCUGACAAAUGGCCGCGCUUUGGCUAUUUGUUCGUUUUCAGCGGCGGCCAAAUGAGACGUGAGA